AUGGGACAUCCCUCCAACAACGACCUAGCCCGACACCUGAAGCUGGCGGGCGCUAGUGAAGAGUCGGUGAAGGCAUGCCAUCAACUGCAUUGCCAAACCUGCAAGAGACAUGCCCGGUCGGGUAGCAGGAGACCGGCAAAAGUCUUCAAGCCUCUUGACUUUAACGAAGAGGUCGCCGUGGACACCAUGCACCUCUAUGACCUCUCCGGGAACAAGGUGACGGUCCUCUCGAUCAUGGACGUGGGGUCUGGAUACCAUGUGGUGGCGCCCGUAACCGGGAGGAAAGCAGAAGAUUACACCCAGCGCUUCUUGAAGAGUUGGGUGGCUUGGGCCGGAGCUCCACAAAGUACCCUGGUGGACCAAGAGAGAGGCCUCAUGAAGGAUUUCCCGGAAGAGUUGGAGAAGCACGGCAUCCGGGUCAACUACACGGCGGGACAAGCACAUUGGCAAAAUGGACACAUCGAGAGGCAGAACGAGUGGUUCCGGCAGAUCUUUGACCGGGUCAAAGACCAUCUCUCCAUGCAGGACCACGAGGUCGAAUGGGUCCUGGCAUCAGUGUCGCAGGCCAAGAACUACCUCCGACGUCGCCAUGGCUACUCCCCCGCUCAGUGGCUUUUUGGGGUGGCUCCUCGCUUGGGAGAAGGGAUAUUGGAUGAGGAAGACGACAUCGCUGAGAGACAGUCGGAAGAGUUGGGAGGAACACUUCAAGCCAAGGCAGUGAGGUCCGACUUGGUCAAGCUCAUCGAGGGCAUGGAGAUCGACGACGAGGAGGUCUUCGCCGACGCCACUGGAGAACUCGCGCCCGUCGAUGACGGAGGGGACCUUGAAUACACUCCCUCGCUUCCAGAUGAAGGCGAACCUAUGGAGGAGGAGCCCAACUCAGGAGCUAAGCGACCUGCCGACACCUCGGUGCCCGAGAAGCGCAUGCGACAAAAGGGGUACUGCCCAAUGGUCCCAGAACCAGAAGAUGUACCGGUCCCUGAGGACCAGGAACUGCUGUGCUACAUGGCCUCUGAGAAGAGGGUCCCUCGAGCUCUACAGAAGCAGGACAACCAGCUGUUCGGAUCAUUGGCCACCCACGUGGACGACAGCUCCUACGCCCGCCCGCAAGGCUCUGGAACAAGCACUCUCGGGGAUCUUCCCGAUAUAGACGCUUGGGAAGAAGCUUCGACUGGACUGGAAUAUUGUGGGGUGACGGUGAAACAGGAGAAGAAUCAGGUCACACUGAGCCAGGAGCACUAUGUGAACACACGUCUCCAGACGGUGGACAUCCCCAAAGGAGUACUACCAGAAGACCCUGCAGACGAGGUGGCCAAGAUGGACAAUCAGUCCACCAUCGGAGCUUUGUCAUGGCUGGCAUCACAGACCAGACCAGACAUUCAGGUGGGCGUCUCGAUGGCGCAAAGAAAACAGAGAUCACCCACCUACUAUAACAUCAAGGCGACCAACCAUGUGGUUCGGAUGGCCCAGAAGGAGAAGGAGGAGAAACUGGUGUAUGAUAAGCUGGGGAAUUGGAACGACCUGGUGAUCAUCGUGUACCAUGAUGCGGCAUGGGCCAACGUGGACUAUGCCGAGACCAAGGACACCGGCAUCUACUCUCAGCUGGGGUAUGUGGCGGUGAUAGCACGCCGAGAAGUUCUACUGGGGAAAAAACCAGGACAGGGCAUCGUGGCAACCUGGAAAUCCCAUGCUUGCCAGAGGGUAUGCAGGAGCACUUUUGCCUCUGAAACAAUGGCAGCAUUGGAAGGGUGGGAAGCUGGAAUCGCUUUCCGCGACCUACUUCGAGGUUGCUUCCGAGCUGGGUGCCCCGGAGAGCUGUUGACCAUGACGGACUGCAAGAGUCUGUACGACUCGGUACACCGAGCCGGUGGACCGAGGGCGCCCUCUGAGAAGCGCUUGCUUGUGGACCUGGCUGCGCUGCGACAGAUGGCGCAGCAAGAGGUCAUGGAGUGGAGCCCAGAAAAUAGGGAUGGAGAUGGAGAUCUGAAGAAUCGCCUUGAUGAACUGGAGGCAUUGGUGGAUUCCACCCUUGAGCGCCAGGCACAAGGCCUGCGGCUCAAGUGCGAGGAGUUGGAUCAGAGAUGUAAGGAAUUGGAGACAAACUCAAAGUGGAUGGGAGUGACUCUGAACCAGGAGGUGACAUCGCGGAAUGCAAUGGUUGAGGUUUUUGAGCAGAUGCUGAAGACAGAGAUGGCGAAGGUUUCCAGCUCUGUGAGUGACCAGAUCGCAGUUGCAAACUUGGACAGCAAAGAAACUCAAAAAACAGUUCUGGACCUCUUGAGCAAGGAUUCACGCAUCUUAAUGCUUGAUGUUGUAGCAUUCUUCGCCUGUGCGGCCCUUGCCCCAUGGAUGAAUGACGCGGUGCAGGAGACAUUUGACCGUCAAGAGCAGGCACGAGCAAUCAAUUGCGACCUUGCAAGCCUGGGAAACGGUGGCAGCCUGAAGUUCACGCAACAGUGUUGUUCUAGGGCAUCAGAAAUCUCCAAGGCUUGGGCGAUCGAUUGGGAAAGCUUGAAGGAGCUUGGCAUGGUGUACGCCAGGAGAGUCAUUGCGCCAGAUUACGCACCUUAG